AUGUUCACUCCAGUAAGUGGGAUUAGAAUAUGCUCGGAACGAAACAUUGAAUUGGUUGUGGGGGCGUUUGAUUAGGGCGUUGGGUGAAGGGCGGUAGACUAUCGUGUCUAUAGAAGGACAUUCGAGGGGAUCAAUGGGGCCAGGAGAAAGACUAAACUCAAGUUGUUGGCUCAGAUUUUGGUGAUGAUUGAGAGGGCACCUUGGUGGUAUAUCAAAUGCUCCAGCAUGUAUGUAUGCAGAAUAACUUUAUCUUAAAGAUACAAGGGAAACUGAGAUAGCCGUUUCUGGCUUGUAAGCCGUCAUCAGGCAGUCAUACGCGACUGCGAUGUAUGCAACCCUCGAGGCUAAAACUCGUAGCCUGUUGGUUAGGAGUCAAAAGCUCCAACCAUUGAACUGCGGGCCUGUUGUCCUGUCAGUUGAGAUCGGAUGUAUUAAAAAUGAUAAAGGAUCGCAGACCGAUCGUGUUAUGUGGCGAACUCACUCCAUUACGUCUUAGGGCUCUCUGUCUCGAACCCCGUCAGCUGCCGCACAGAUAUACGUAUAUGUAUGCGUAUAUGAAUUUAUCUUGGAAAAGACGAGAAAUAGGGAGAGAGAGUUCUAGGGCCAAUCUACCACAGAAAAGUUAAAAUCGCCAGCGAUUACCUUAACAUGAAGGGCAGAUUCCGGAACCAGUUCAAAGGUUCCACAAAACUGGGCAUCAUCACUGGCUAAUGUGCACAGGGAAUUGUAGAUACGGCCAAAUGCUGGGUAUCCCGCCAUCUGCAAGUAUACCGUGGCUCGCAGACUAAAAAACAUGCAGCCGAAACAGUCAAACAAAUAACAAAAACCGCCCUCAUCCCCCACCCAACCCCACAGACUGCUAAGGUGAAUCCACUCACCUUGGCGGCCUGGAAGUCUCGGCCCCUCUUAGCCAAUCAGACGAGUGACUUACCGGAACGGAGGAUAGCGUUAGUCGCUCGAGAACUGGCGCGCUACCAGGUGAACAUUUCUGCGCUCAGCGAGAUCCGGCUCUCCGGACAAGGCCAACCUGAAGAGGCGGGUGCCGACUACACUUUCUUCUUGAGCGGUCGUCCCAGGGCAGAUCGACGGGACGCGGUCGUCACCUUUGCCAUUCGGAACAACAUCGUGGGACGAUUGCCCUAUCUGCCGCAGGUCAUCAACAACCGACUGAUAAGCCCGCGCCUGCCUCUUUAGGUAUCCCAAUUCGCCACCAUCAUCAGCGUCUGCGUCCCACCAAUGACCGUUUCUGAGGAGACGAAGACCAAGUUCUACGAAGAACUGCACUCUCUCCUGUUGUCUGUGUCAAAGACAGAUAAGCUGGUUGACCUUGGUGACCUCAAUGUUCGCGUCAAGACAGACUGCUUUCUAGAGAGGAAUGUUGGGUCCUCACGGGAUCAGCGGCUGCAACGACAAUGGUCUCCUCCGUCUACACACAUACACAGAAAGCCGCCUGCCGUUGACUAACACCCUCUUCCGCCUGGCGAUGCAGAAGAAGGCGACCUGGAUGCACCCCCGAUGGCGCCGCUGGCAGCUGCUGUAUUAUGUUCUCGUCGGGCAGCGUGAUCAACGGGACGUGCUGGUGACCAAGGCUGAGCGGACUGCCCCCUCAUCGUCUUCAAGAUGAAGCUCCGUCCGAAACCCCACAGGAGGCCGCAAGGUAAGCAACCACCAGGCAGGUUGAAUAUCGCUUUUUUAUCCUUGCCUGCUCACCGUUUAAAUUUCUGCUCUCAGCUGACCCAGCUCCUGGAAGACAUGCAAACUCAAGACGAAAACGUCGUCAUAGAGACUUGGUGGUGGCAACUGCGCGACGCCGUCCAUUCGACCGUCUUGGGAGUCUUUGGCCGCACACUUCGUCAACACCAGGAUUGGUUUGACGAAAACGACGGAGCCAUCAGCAACCCGCUCGUCGAGAAAGGCAGGCAGCAUACAGCCUACCUCGACUGCCCAAACGUUGCAAGCAAAUCGGCCCUUAACCAAUGUCGCCGCCUUGUGCAGCAACGGUUGCGAGAAAUGCAGGACACGUGGAUGACUCGUAAGGCUUAG